UGGCAGACUGUUUACAGAAGCUGGCAAGGAGCCACAUGGUUGAUCACACAGAGUAUAUAUCCAGCCGUGGGUGAGAGAGAGCUACCAGACGACUGCCAACAGACUCAAAUAGUGGACGUUCUGUACUGCAUCUCUCCAUUUGGGAUAUAUUUAUUAGAGUAUAUUGUGCGUCUUCAGACUAGGAACAGACAAAAAGAAAAUGGAGUCAUCUUCCAUGCUGCUGACUGUGCUGUGUAGUGUGGUGGCACUGGGACUGUACUCACAGUAUACUGAGGCCUGCUCCUGUAUGCCCCUCCAUCCACAGAUGCACUUCUGCCAGGCUGACUUUGUAAUGAGAGCCAAGGUGAAGGGGAGUGAAAUCCUGUACAGAAAAUCAAUCAUCAUGGAGAACGGCAAGAAUGUUACAUGGAGACGGGCAUACCAGAAAGUGUACCAUAUUCGGAUAAAUAGAAUUUUCAAGCAAAAUGAUAAGUUUAAGAACGCCACCCUCCACAAGAACAAGAUCUACACCAACCCCAGUGAUGCCAUGUGUGGUGUGCACCUUGAAAACAAUACCAAGUAUCUCCUAACAGGAUACAUGCACGACGGCCGUGCACACAUCAGUGUUUGUGGUUGGGUGGGCGAGUGGACACGAAUCCCACAAAAGCAGAGGAAAGGAGUCAGCCAUCUUUACAAAAAGAACUGCCAGUGCAAGGUUGAGACAUGUAUACGCCGUGGAGACGGAGUAUGUCCAUCUGAUAACUCCACCUGUGUUUGGCGUUGGCAUGACAGCCACAACAGUUGCUAUGCAACCAGCUCUGUCUGUGAGCAGAGAGCAGACGGCAACUGCAAAUGGAGCUCUGGCAAACUUCUGAAGGAAUGUAAAGAGAAGAACAGGAAGAGAGCACGACAGGAACCAUAAAAACUGAUAUUGUGGGAACAUAACCAAGAUGGCGGCAGCAAAAUGAUCUUAUCACAUAGAUAUGAUCAGUGGAAAACAACAUCUGAUGUAGAAACAAGCAAAGCGAGCAUCAGAAAAUACAACUGGUAGAUACAUUGUAUUUUAAAGAAGGCAGAUCUUUAUUUUUCAAAAUUGAAAAAUGAUAUUAAUGUAAAGAGAAAUAAAAUUAUUUUGAUGCCAGUUUUCUUAAACCAACAAAGAGCCACCACAUUUUUGUGCAAACAUACUGGGAGAAAGCUAGGACAACCAGAGACAAUAGUGAAGGCCCUUUGAAUGUACUUCAAGUGAUGUCCUGAAGACAGCUGUGGUUUGGGAAUAGUAACUUUAAGGCAAAGAAAAUUGAUCUUUGACUGUCCUGCCUCCAUCAUGUAAAUACUGGCACAAAUGGAUGUGCAGAACGUAUUAUAACCAUAAUCAAUUGGACCAGCACAUGUGAUGGCUGUGCAUGUAUAUACGAAUUACAGCAUGCAGCCAUGCAUUAUUUAAUACAUUCAGAAGUGCUUGAAGCAGAAACUGUUUAGAGGAUUAACCGCAUUUUAAGUGUGGUGUUUAGAAGAAUUAUCUCAAAAAUAGUUUUAAUUUUUCGCUUCAAGAAUUAGAGGCUUGAUUGCAACGCCCUAAAUUCCUACUUCACAAUCCUGUAGAUUUUCUUCAUUUUGGCAGUGAUUACAAUUGCAUGUUUGUGGGAGUACAGGUGAUGGAUUGCAAUUAAGAGUUUACUUCCUGAAGUAAACACGUAGAGAAGAUUUUAGAUUUGAUAUGUUCUUGAAACUGCUUUAAGGCAUUGUUCAGUGUCGUCUUUGUGUACGUAGAGUAUAUGACUAUAUUUGUCUCUGUAAGUGACAGGGUGCACAUUUACAACAAUGUCUGUUCUUUGGUGCCCAAAACAACCAAUUUUUUUUUGAGGUAAUUAAAGAAACAGCAGCCAAUGACUGUAAAAUUGCUUAUGUCUGUAAAGGAGUCAUAUACUUGUAGUUGUAAAAAAAGUAUUGUUUUAAUUUUGAGAUUGCUCGAUUGCAAGUGAUGUGAUGAAAGGUUAUCAGUAUGACAAAUGAAGAGGUCUAUAAAUUUAUGAGAGAUACAGGAAAAUAUUUCUGGUGUGAAUGCACAUCUCUGAUCCUGACAAUCUUUUCUAUAUAUUUCAGUUAAAGCACACAAAAAUAUUAAAACAUUCAGGUUAUUAUAAUGUGCCUAUUUAUAAUUAUAAUUAUUAUAUAGAAAUUGAACAUUAUCUUACCGUCAGCAAUGUAUAUAUUUAAAACAAAUCACAAAAGGGCAAUGCUGAUUAAAUGACGGUACUGAAAAUAUUUCAAAUAUUUCCAACAGAUAAAAUAAGUUUAAAAAACAAAUUUAUCAGAAACAAAUAUAUCUCAACUCUUCAUCUGAAACUAAAAUCAGAAUAUUGCCAGUAUUUCUGCUUUGCAGUGCCACCAUUUCCUGUGAACUUAUCAUUUAUUGUUAUGUCAACAUGACUAAAAAUGGUUUACUUUUUUUGCAUUGUGUGUUAAGAGUAAAUGAGGUUUAUAAUUAUCUUGAAAGUGUCUAGAAAGAGGGUGUGAUAAAUGGCAUGAUAAGUAUGACUGUGUACAUAAUUUAACACUAUUUCACUAUUUUUCUAUAAAUAAAACUGCUUGAA